UUUCACUUUAAUAAAUACUCAAUUUAAUAGAGAUUAAGCGAAUUACCAGUUAAUUAGAUAAGAAUCUUAAAAUCAAACAAGACUAUUCUUUAAAUUAACAACUUAUUAAUACUUGCUAAUAAUUUGGGAAAAAUCAUAAUUCUAACUAACAUAUAAAGAAAAUCAGAUUCUGAUCUAUUCAUCAUCAUAUAGCAUAUUAGUAUCUAUUAAAUGGUUCGGGAAAAGUCAAAUCCUGUGCGAUCAUAUUUUAAAUUAGAUAUUGUAAAAAAUCAAUCUACUUGUAAACUAGAAAACUGUGGUAAAGUUUUAACCGGGGACCAUGCAGCAAAUCUUGAACGACAUAUAGAAAGAUUCCACGAUAAGGAAUUAAAAUUAUUAAAAAAAAAAAAGAUAAUUUGACUAUUAAAAAAACAAUAACAAAAAAUGCAAAUAAUCAUAAUACAAUUCAAAAUGCUUUUACCAAAACUAAUACAAUACAAAUUAAUAUUAAUAAAGACACUUUAAUCCGCUCCUGCACUGAGUUAAUCACAGUUCAUGGGAGACCAAUAAAAUCAAUUGAUGACAAAGCAUUUAGAAAUAUUAUAGAUCCGAUAAUUGUAGGAUUGGGUGGUAAUUUAACCAUCAAUUCUGAAAAUAUACGCAAUAAUAUUAAAAAAAUGGCAUUUGAUUUUUCGCAAAAUUUAAAAAAAGAAAUAUACCAAAAACUUAUAUCGUUAAAAUUAGAUAUUGCAACUCGAUAUGAUAGGUCCAUACUGGGGAUCAAUAUUCAAUUUAUAGAUAAUGGAGAAAUAAAAUUAAGAACGUUAUGCAUGAAAGAGAUAAAAGAAAGACAUACAUCAGAAUAUCUAAAAAAAAUUAUUCUAGAUGUUCUAAACGAACAUGAAAUAAGAAUUGAUCAAAUUUAUACGAUAACCACAGACAAUGCAGCUAACAUGAUUAAAUUAAUUAAGCUGUUAAUACAUCAUGAUGAAGAAGAUGAUGAAGAUGAUAUCCUUAAUGAUUAUUUAGAUAAUGAUAAUUUAAAUAACAAUGAUGAUAUAAUUGUUAAUGAAAAUGAAGAACCUUUUUUUAAUAUUGAAAAUAUUAAUCUUGUACCUCAUACGAGAUCCAUGUUAAUGGGCAUUAGAUGUGCCUCCCACACAUUUCAAUUAGCAAUUAAUGAUUGCAUAAAAAAUUCAAAUGAAAUUGUUAUUAUUAAUAAAGCAAGAAACAUUUGCAAAAAAAUAAGAAAUCAGACUACAAUGUCUAUUUUGUCCAAAUUAAAUUUAAAAAAGCCACUAAUAGAUUGUUGCACAAGAUGGAAUUCAAUCUAUUUAAUGUUGGAAAGAUUAUUAGAGUUAAAAAACUUUUGCCAAGAAAUAUCGGCCCAAAGUAAUGAUCGUGAAAAAUGUUUGUCAGAGAAUGAAUGGAAAAUAAUUAGUGAUAUAUUAAAAGCUUUAUAUCCAUCUUAUAUUUUGACAAAAUAUAUACAAAGUGAACAAAUGACCAUGGGCGAUUUUUAUGCAGCAUGGAUCAAAUGUAUCAUGCAAACUAGCAAAAUAGACACUUCAUUUGCCAAACUUUUAGUUUGUACAAUCAAAGCACGAGAGAUUAAUUUGAAAAAUGAAGUUUUUUGCUCAGCUAUAUAUCUCGACCCAAGAUAUAAUGUAUUUUUAUCAUUUGAAGAAAAAGAUAUCGCCAAAAAACAUCUCUAUAAAACUUGGAACUUAAUCCAAAAUUUAAAUAAUCAGAAUAUUGAAAAUCUAGAUACUAUUCCUACGUGUUCACAUUCGAAAGAUAACUUAGAUGAUGAUUUUGAAGAUUUAUUAAUGUCUCAUGAAAGCCUUAAUAAGAAUAGUUCUCAGGGCAUAGAAAAUUAUAAUAAAUGUGUAGAAAUAGAGUAUAUAAUUCGGUCAUUUGAUAAUAUAGAGAGAUUAGAAAAAGAUGCAAAUCUUUUGAAUUAUUGGGGAAAUGUAAAGAAUAGUAUGCCAGAACUUUAUAAGUUAGCUAUGGUUGUGCUAGCAGUUCCAGCUACGCAGGUAUCCGUAGAAAGAGCAUUUUCUAGCCUUAAGUUUAUACUCUCUGCCCAAAGAACUAAAUUAAAUCCUGAAAUAUUAGAAAAUAUUUUAGUUAUCCGUUCCAAUUCUCUUUUUAAAAAUAAAUAAUAUAAAUUUCAUUAUAUUUAUGUGU